CUCAACAAGAGGAUGACAAUGGUGAUACUCAGGCGGCGUUGCUCUAGAAGGGCAGCAGGCGGCACGUCGCCCCGUUAUCCACACCGAGAUUCCUGGUGAACAAUGAACACUACGUUAUCUCAGAACGCCGCCUCCAUCACCCCCGGGGACAACAAUAAUCACUGACUUCGUGUCUCGAUUAAGUGUCACUUUCACGGAUAUUAUAUUGAAAGCUGGACGCGUUCGUCAGAUACUUCCUCCUUUAUCUCUUGAACUAUCGUGCAAAUUCAUCUACCUUCCCGGUUUUAAGUAAGACGCUACCGUGGUGCUUCCCUGACCUUCAAGACUCGUGAUCUCUUCGGCAUUCCUACCAUCACGUCUUCUACAGUUCGGCAAGACAAUUCAUCCGAGUUUAAUUUUUAGGUGUCUAACAGGUUCAGCUGGUAAAUAGCAGAUCUGCAAAGCUACAGACAAAUGUUAUUUUAAUCCAGACAGAUUUUGCUAGUCUUAGCCGAGGUUCUGUGGGCGGACAUUGUAAAGUAAUUGUAGAAUAAACGAAAACUAAAUAUGUGGAAAGUGAGUACUGAAUAUAUUUGUAUAUAAACACAUGUUGAUGCACCAUGACUCUCCUCAUAGAGUGUACUACUACUACUAGUACUACUACUACUAGUACUACUACUACUAGUACUACUACUACUACUACUAGUACUACUACUACUAGUACUACUACUACUAGUACUACUACUACUAGUACUACUGCUACUGAUGCCUCUCAUUUCAGCAAGGCUUCAGAGGCAUUCCGUUUCAGUAAAGAUUGCAGCCUGCCUCCAAGGCUGAUUAGUUCUCUGUCGCGAUGCAUCAUUGUGAGUGGCGUGUCGCCCCUACUUCAGCAGCGACCUCCAUGUACUCAUACUGAGUACAGAGAACGAAUCGGAGACGACGACCAUGGCUAUCACUCUUCAGAGAGCCCACAUGCAGCGGAUGAGAGUUACUACGAAGUAGAGUCCCAGAGAUGGUUUUACGAAAACGACAGGCACACAUUCGAUUUCGGAGAGAAGAAAAUAAACAUGCAUAGUAGCUCUGAGGAUAUUUUAGAAAUAGAUAGUGAUUCUCAUGACUGUCUUGAUAUUGCAAAUAAAAAAAUAAAGCUCCAGGUACAUAACCCCCUCGUAAUACCUGGUGUCCAUCAGUAUAUUUUGUGCUGCAAUAAAGGCCACUUUCAGGAGAGUUCGGGAGCCUUCAGUGAAUUCGAGUCUAAUUGUGGCUGCACCACACGGAACUUGAUUGACUGGUCGACACGGGUCACCUGGAUUAGCCUCAACCUCAGACACCAAUAUAAAGUCCGCGAAGUAACCUACCAGAGUCCUUAUAGAUCAUCGGAAUUCAAGUGGGUCGCCCCAUAUACUAACCCUUACGACACAGACGGUAGUUUCCUGGGAGCCCCAUACCAUCGACUCCGUGGCAGAGUCUGUAAUCUCCAGGAAGCCCCAUACCGUCGACCCUACGACACAGUUUGUGAUUUCCGACAGUUUACUUCAUCACCUCAUGGAACAAGGAUGGUUGAGCCGUCAUCCAAGCCACAGAUGUUAAAGGUUUCGUCUAGAACUAUCAUCAAUGACGAGCUUCAUGAAGAUGUUCGGGCUACUGUUGCUGCUGCUGCUCCUGAUGGGGAACGACCGUUCGUGUGCGAGCAAUGUGGACGUACCUUCUGCAGAAACGAGGAACUUACCCGGCACAUGAGGAUACACUCCGGACACCGACCUUUCCUCUGCCAGAAGUGUGGACGGAGGUUCGUACGUCGUGACCACCUGACCAAGCAUCAGCGCACUCACCUGCCUAUCUACGCUAAGCGCACUUACGGGUGUCCCCUGCAUGCCUGCGCUCACAGGUACUCCAGGACGCCUGCGCUGCACUACUUUCCAAUGUGCUCAAACAUUUUUCUUUAG